CGGUUGCCUUAGCGACGCCGCCCAACAAUCUGUAGGCCUAGGCUGGCUAGGCUUGACUGAACGUAAAGGCUGCCACCAUGAGCCGAGCGGUGACCAUCGAGCAAGCCCCUCCUCAGCGUCCCCGGUUCCGGCUGAGGACAGGGCUAGGGAGCUCUGUCGCCAGCGGGCGACUGUAUGAUUACCUGUACGAUCCAUUGUUUAUAGUGUCAAGUGCAAAGGACCAUGCACAGGCUAAUAUCCAGGCUACUGUGAUGAGAAACCAAGUGAAAAAAGUUCCCAGGUUUAGAAAUAUGUUUAGUAACCUGCAGAAUUAUCCAAGAUACUUCAUGUAUUUGAACCCCUCACAUCCUGUCCCAGUAUUUAUUGAUCGAGAAUGGCGAGGAUGGGCGGAGCAACGUAAAGAAGCUCUCCAGAAAUUUGCAGCGGCUGACCCUUCUUUUAAGAUGCCUAAAGAAGUUUUUGAAGAUCCUCAGGUUACAGGAAAGAAUCGUUAUAAAUAUUUUGAAUGGCCUUUCCUUCCAUUUUACAAGCAGAUGCCACUUAAUGUUAUUCUUGCAACACAAAAACAAGAUAUAUACAAUUAUAUUUCAGCCACUAAAAAGCAGCCCCAAAUUGCUUUGGUGCAUACUCAAGGCACCCAGACAGAUUAUCGGGAUAGUGAGACUCAAACAGAUCCAUAUACUCCAGAAUACGUAGUAUGCCAGGAUACCAUCCCUGAGAUCUUGACCUUGGCUACUCUCACUUGGGGUCGGGGACUUCCAGCAGGACUUGCUGAAAUAGAGAUGAUUGAACGUGCCAGAGAGAAACGUGCUUGGGAAGCCACUCUUCCACCUCUGAGUGAUGAUGAAUUAUUCAAUAAAAGGAGGAAAAUGAUGAAUGACAUGGAAAGGAAAGAAUGGGCCUUUAGAGAACAUGAAAUUGAAAAACUGCAGGAACUUCAACUAGAGGUCCUCAAACAGCUACUGAAGAAGCGUGAAGAUGACCAAAAUGAAUUGAACAUAAAGCGUUUGAAUGCCCAGUGGUCUCAACUUCAGGGAGAAAAGGAAGAGAAAUUGGCAAGAAUUAGAAAUGUGCAUGUAAAAGAAAUAAGAAAACUGGUGACGAGAGCAAAAAAUGUGGAGGGGAAAUUUGAGAGAAGAAACAUCAUUAGAGACUAUAAUAAUUUUGCAUCUCAAGUCUAUGGACCUCUUUCUCGACUGGGUCGUUUUCCAGACAAUAAAUCAGAGCGUUUUGUUGUCAAAAACCACUUUCUUAACACCUAUGAAGGGUUACUUGAACUUGAGGCCUCCCUCCCAGAUUUUGUAACACAGCCUCGAAUCAAAACUCCAAAACCCAAAGAGCUCACCACAAAGAAUAAAUUUCUUAAAAAAUCAGCAAGACUGGAUCUUGAGUUAGCUGAGGUUCACCAGGCACUGUUGGAUAAGAAGAAGAAAAGUCCCGAACCAAAGAAAAAACUUUUUUUCCUUCAGAAAAGAGUAAUACCACCACCUCGAUUGCCAACACCAACCUUGGAAAUGUGUACUUCUGAAGAAGAGGAGAUUGAAAUGGCCGUGGUCUACUUACAAAAGUUACUUCGGGGAAGAGUCAUCCAGAACAUGAUGUUUGAAGGAAAAGAAAAGCGUCUAGAGUUGAUCAAUGAAUUGCGGACUACCCAUUCACUGCAAGAAGAUGACAGACUGGUGAAGAAACUAGAGAAGCAGGUGACUCUGGCCUUGCAAAGGCAGAGGAACUUGCAUGAAGAGAAGAUGGCAAUGAUUGAAAAUCACUUGGGUGGACUGGAAGGAAAGGCAUUAGUAGACAUGUUUGACUUCCUCUCCAAAGAACUCAUUCGACUGCAAGAGGAGAGGAGGAUCCAUGCCUUUGCCAUGCUUGCCGAGAGGCAGAGGCGGAUUCGAGAAGCCGAGGAGAGUGGCCGUCGCCAGGUGGAGCAGAGGCGCCAGCGUGAAGAGGAUCAGAUAUUUAAAGAGGUAAUUAAAAUUCACCAAAGUACUGUUACCUCCUAUCUAGAAGACAUCAUACUAAAUUCAGAGGAAAAUACAGCAGAAGAACAAGCCCGGGAAGAAAUUCAGAAGAUGGCUGAGGAAAUCAAUAACAUUGCUUAUGAAAUAGAAGAUCGUCGAACUCAUCUUCAGUCAGAAGAGAUUGUUGCAGAGUUGGUUUAUGGUUUCCUGAUUCCAGAAGUGCAGAAAACAUUUGUGAAGGAGAAAGUGAAGAAUUUACAAAAGAAGCACAUUCUUGCAGCUCAUCAGAUUAUCCACCAAAAUACCGAAAAUGCCUUGCGUCGGCCUCCACCUGAGGAGUCCUCCACCCCCAGGCAGAGACCACUCACAGAGAUUGACAAGAUGUUUGCUAAAAUUCAGGCCAAGAAAGACAAAAAGUCGGAUUAAGAUGAUGAAUGUUGUAAAGAAGAUGUUCAUAUCAGCAAGAAGAAUUCCAAGCAUCUUUGCUUCUUCCAGCUUAUGAUACACAUGAGAUUUUUGUCAUUGUGUGAUUCAUGAGGAAAAGAAGAAUGGUCUUUGGGAGACUUUUAUCUUUAUUAAACAUACAGUAAUUUCAAAUAAUUUUUAGUAAUAGAGACCAAAUGUAGGAAUUUAAUUUUUUGCUUAGACUUCUUCCAGAGCCACUUAAAUGUUGGGAACCUUGGCUUAUCGGUCCAAGAACUAACUCCUUGACCUUCUUUCAGCUGAUGCCUUCCACAUCCCAGAUUAAUUUAUUUUUUUUAUCAUUAAAUUUUAUUGAAAAACCCACCAAAUGCUAAGCAUCCCUUAAACAAACAAACCUUUCCAAUAAACAAACAAAAGAACAGCAAUACACUAAAAACAUAUGUCUGAAAGCUAUUAUUGGUUUUCUGUUUGGGACUUCUUUUUUUUGUCACAGAAACAGGAAUAUACCUAUGCAAAGGCUCAGAAUAAGCUGUCUUUUUAAAAUGAAAAGCUAAUGAUCAAUAAAUUUCAUCAGUGUCUUAAAAAAGUGGA